UCUUCUUCCUCCUCCUUGUUUAUAUAGGGAACUGAACUUGUUAUAUAUGUAUUCCCCCUAAUUAAGCUCAUGUAGCCUGUCUUUGUUUCGGGUUCUCUCACCCAACACACAGCUAGACUAAGCAGUAUAGCUCCUAGCUAAUCUCUCCUCGAUCGAUCUUCUUCAGUUUGCUCUGCUCUGCUUAAUUCGCUUCAUCUCUCUCUCUAGAGCUUGAGAAAAGAUCAAGCCCAGAAACUAAUUAAUUAAGGUAGGUGGGUAGAUAGAACGGAAUAGGAUGAUGAGCAACAUAAGCAUGGUGGAGGGCAAGCUGCCUCCUGGGUUUCGGUUUCAUCCAAGAGACGAGGAGCUGGUCUGUGAUUACUUGAUGAAGAAGAUAUCCAGCUCCGACUCCGACUCCUUCUUCUUCAUCGAGGUCGAUCUCAACAAAUGCGAGCCUUGGGAUCUUCCUGGAAGCGCGUGCGUGGGAGGGAAGGAGUGGUACUUGUACAGCCAGAGGGACCGCAAGUACGCGACGGGGCUUCGAACCAACAGAGCCACCGCGUCGGGUUACUGGAAGGCGACGGGGAAGGACAUGCCAAUUGUGAGGACCAAAGCUGCAGCUGCAGUCGGCGGCGGCCAGCAGCAGCAGCUGGUUGGGAUGCGGAAGACGCUGGUUUUCUACCAGGGCCGAGCCCCUAAGGGCACCAAGACGGACUGGGUCAUGCACGAGUUCCGUGUCCAACCCACCCUUUCUCCCCCUAGAAGAAGUGCCGCCUCGCACAAGGAGGAUUGGGUGUUAUGCCGAGUGUUCUACAAGAACAGAGAUCAAGCAACAAACAUUGGUCCCAAAGGAAUGGCUACUAGGAACAACAUGAUCAGCUACGACGACGAUGAUGACGAUGAUUAUCUCGACACUGAUAAUAACAACUCAUCCUCUCUUCCGCCAUUAAUGGACUCUUCUUACAACAUCAACUUUGACCAACAGCAACAAACUGCUCAUGAAGAGCAAGUGCCCUGCUUCUCCAUGUUCUCCUCCCAUAAUAACGCACCACCACCGCCUUCUAACUCCUUGUUCCCUCAGUUCUUCUAUAAUCCUCUGGGAUCCACUGCAGAUCAUCAACAGCAAGUAUUGUCUGUUGUCCCUCCUCCUCCGAUUUCGUUGGAGGAGGAAACAUUCAGUACUUGCGACCAGAAGGUCAUCAAGGCGGUGCUGAGUCACCUCACCAAGGUGGAAAAUGCCAAUGAUAUUAUUACUAGUUACCCUUAUGUUGUUAAGGACUCAUCGUGCUUGAGUUUGGGCCAAGGGAGCUCAGUGGAGAGCUACCUCUCUGAUGUGGGUAUCCCUAACCUUUGGAAUCCAUAUUAAUUAAUUGACUUACCCUUAUAUAUGUAUGUAUAUGGGCGCCCAUGCCCUUGAUUUGAUGAAGACAAUCCUUAAAAAGAACUCGAGGAAGAGAUGUAAUGGUUUGUAUAAAUUUAGCCUUGUGGAGUGGAGGGUAUAAUUUAUGACAUUUCACUUGCGGUGGUCAAUUGUGUAAUGUCUAAUAUUAUAAAAUCUCAAUUCAAUAUUUCUCUUAAUAAUAGAUAAUAUAGUAGCCAUAUUAGAGCCUAGAAUAAGGUCCUCUGAGACAGAUAAACUAGCUGAGAAGAGGUUCCCAGACUGGAAGAAGAGGAUACAGCACAACUCAAAUGGGUUGGGGAAAAUUUGGUUAC